AUGUCAUCAUCUUUUCUCAUAUCACCUUCGCCACCAACAGGAAACAAUCGUCGUAUUAAACUACCUGGUCUCGAUCUAUUGAUCAUGACACGUAUCGAUAAUGUCUUUGUCUAUCCAUCUGAAAUCAAUAUUGAUCAAUUUAAAGAAGCACUUAGUCGAACUCUUUCUUUAUGGCCACUUGUGGCUGGUCGUAUUCUGUUGGAAAAUGAUCAACAUUAUAUUAUUGAAAUGUGUGAUAAUUCUAUUCCAAUAAUAUUCGUUGUUAAUAAUGACUUGAAAGAAUGGCCUUUGGAUUCUAAUGUUGUAGUAGACUUAAAUGAGAAACAAUUACCAACAUUUAUUGAUGAAGUUCAAGUAACAAAAUUUUUUAAUAAUUCAUCGGAUGAACCAUUUGUUCGAUUCAAAUUAACUCAUAUUGUACAAAGUGGUGAAUGGGUCUUAGGAAUUAGUUGGUAUCAUCCAUUAGGUGAUGCAGCUUCAUGCUUGCAUUUUUCUAAUACAUUAUCACGAUUUUAUCAACAAAUGGAACCAACAAAACCGUUACCUAUAUUUGAACGACGUUUAUGGAGAGAAGAUGAAGCUGAUGAAUCAGUUUUACCUAUGAUGAAACACUUACGAGACGCUAAACCUGCUGAAGAAGUAUUAAAAACAUUUUNUUAUAUCAUUGAAAUGUGUGAUAAUCCUAUUCCAAUAACAUUCGUUGUUAAUAAUAAUUUGAAAGAAUGGCCUCUGGAUUCUAGUGUUAUAGCAGAAGUAAAUGACAAACUACUACAAACAUUUAUUGAUGAAGUUCAAGUAACAAAAUUUUUUAAUAAUCCAUCUGAUGAACCACUUGUUCGAUUCAAAUUAACUCAUAUUGUACAAAGUGGUGAAUGGGUCUUAGGUAUUAGUUGGUAUCAUCCAUUAGGUGAUGCAGCUUCAUGUUUGCAUUUUUCUAAUACAUUAUCACGAUUUUAUCAACAAAUGGAACCAACAAAACCAUUACCUAUAUUUGAACGACGUUUAUGGAGAGAAGAUGAAGCUGAUGAAUCAAUGUUACCUUCGAUGAAACAAUUACGUGACGCUAAACCUGUAGAAGAAGUCAUGAAAAUCUUUUUAGCUGAUCAACCAAAUUAUGAUCAAGUAAAUCUUCAUUUUUCUGGUGAACAACUUGCUACAUUACGAAAAUUAGCCGGUGGAAAUAAUGUAACAAUACAAGAUGCACUUACAGCUUAUAUUAUUUUGACACUUAAUACAUAUUUUUAUGAUAACAAUGAUGAACGUCGUAUUUUACGUACAAAUACAGUUAUUAAUUUUCGUGGUGUGUCUGAUUCGAUCGCUCCACAAGGUCAAGUUGCUAAUACUGUAUUCAUGAUGUUAUCCGAUAAUUUUGAAGAUCCAUAUUCAUUAUUAAAUAUUGCCAAGACAAUACGUCGAUCGAUUAUUCAAUCACGCGAUUCGAAAAUUCUUGAACCUCGGUUGGCUACUUUUGAUUCAUUAAUGAGAAAUAAUGUCAGAAAUAAUAGAUUGCCAGAUUUAGAACGUUUUUCAAAUGAAGUUGUUGUUAAUUCAAAUUACAGAUAUGAUUGGGCAAACUCAGUUGACUUUGGUUAUACUGAUAAAUGUCGAUUUUAUAAAGCUGUUGCAGAUGCAUUAUAUUUACGUGUGUUUCAUCUUAAUCCAGAAAAAGAUGGAAACAAAUGGUUACCAAGAGAUCGAGAUGGAGCUGAAGUAUCAUUUCAAAUUGGAAAUGGUUUGAAACAAAAAUUCAUUGAUGUAUGGAAACGAGACAUUAAUGAAAAUUUUAAAAACGUAAAGAAAUAG